AUGUCGAUGACCGCGACCCUGCUGCCGAAUGGAGGUUUCGCUGACCGACCUGGCAAGCAGAGCCUGGUGCUACCUAUCGCGAAAAGAGUUGUUCCAGUGAUCGAAGAAACAGAGGAUGUCCCACAAGCAGAUUUGGAGCCACCAGCGAAAGCGGAAACGGGUUCCCUCCACUCUAGGACACUCUUCUCAGAAGCUCAGGAUGAGGUGUAUGUCCACAAUGACUGGGACGAGUUCAGAUUCAAAGCUCUCCAGGACAUUGAAGAUGUGGCUGGACUUCCUGUGGUGGUGAACAAACGCUUCUUCCUGGCCGUCGAGCAUCCCAUGGCAGUGACCAAGGCUGUGAAGAUCAGUGGACCGCAGUGGUUAGAUGCCUGGGGUGGUAUCCAACAUCUCAAGACUUUGGCGAAACCCACAGAGGAGGUGCCUUGGGAGUAUGGCUUCGUGAUGGGCACCUUUCAGGAAGUCUCUCAGGCGCGAAGAGCCUUUCUGGCCUACCUCCAUGCUGAACGUCCGGGUCGUCGCAGUCCCAUGGUACACUACAACAGCUGGUACGACUUCUACAGCUACCAGGACGAAGGUUUCAACGGUGGCUUCAAGGACCCCAGACCAAAUGAGACACUGAUUUCCAGCCUGCGCCCGGACAAGAUGAGUGAAGGCCGAUGUAUUGAGAGGAUUCAGGCAUUUGGCGAAGAGAUGGUGAAGAAACGUGACACCAAGCUGGACUCCUUUCUGUGGGAUGAUGGUUGGGAUGAUCCGCACAGCUUGUGGGAGUUCGACCAUGAACGAUUUCCAGCCAGAUUUGAUGAGGUGUCCAAGAAGGCUAAAGACUACGGCGCAGGCACUGGAGUUUGGUUGUCUCCUUGGGGUGGCUAUGGCUUCACACAGGAGGCACGGGUGAAAUUCGGGAAGAAGAAGGGUUACGAGACCAACUACAACCGAAAUAUCCAGUCCGAAGGUUUCAGCCUUGCUGGGAAGAAGUACCAGAAAGCCUUCCAUGACACCGCCAUGCGCUUUCGCCGUGAGCAAGGCGUGAACAUGUUCAAGUUCGACGGGGUGGCUGGAAACCCCACAGAAUUGGCCAUGGAGAUGGAGGCAAUGCUGAGAACCAUUGCAGCUUUGCGCAACCCCAAGGGUUCCAGGUCUCAAGGAUCCACGGAAUCCACGGGAUCCAUAGGAUCCACAGGAUCCAAAGAACCUGGUGAGGAGGAGGAUGUUUGGAUCAAUCUGACCACUGGGACCUGGCCCUCACCAUUCUUCCUGUUGUGGGCGGAUUCCAUCUGGCGCGGGGGACCCGACAUCGCCACCAGACCCAGGGAUUGGUUUGGACCGCUGAGGGUGGCGGACAGACUGGCCAUUGUGGAAGGUCGCUUCAAGACUCCCCCGCUGGAUCAAAUCGGCCUGGACGGACUCACUGGGCGGCAACGGUGGAUUCGCUGGCGCAGUAUGGUGGUCUACAUCUUGGUGGUCCAAAGAUCAACCUUCUUCCCGCUGUCGCAGCUGAUGAUUCAUGGUGUCAUCGUGGCAUCCCAUGGGGACGCACUCCAUUGGGGCCUGAAUAGGUUCGAUGCGGUGGAUUUCACACAGGAAGUGUGGUCAUUCGUGGCCAUGGGGCUCCAGUUGCAGGAACUCUAUGUGGCGCCACGGCACAUGACCUCGAAAGCCUGGGACAUCCUGGCGGAGGGGCUCAAGUGGUCCCGGCGCAACGCAGAGGUGCUGCGGGAUAGCCAUUGGGCCUUUGGGGAUGUCAGCAACCAGGAGGUCUACUGCAUUGCAUCUUGGGAUGUUCAGACCUCCCAGGGCUUCCUGUUCUUUCACAACCCACAAGGUGUUGCUAGCCGCAGCAUGCCCUUCAACUUGCAAGAGGUGCUUGAACUUCCAGAAGCUCAGAGGCAGCUCUCCUUCGAGGUCCGAUUGGUGAAGAGCGCAUAUCGCCCUGCUGAGAGCGGACCAGUCCAUCCUCGGCUGGUCAGCUGGAAUUGCACGGCGAACUUUGUUGGAGAUGAUUCUGCGAGCUGCAGGUGGGAUUCGCAGCAACUGUCACGGCCCUGCGCCGGCCCUGGACUCGUGACCGUUGCAACUGUAAUGAGCCCCACAAUCACGACGGUAUAA